UUUUGAUCCGGGUGUAUUUCCACGGCUUUUCCUGCAUGGAACAGAGAGGCACAAAGUCAGGGCAUGCAAGUAGGAGCCCGGGAUCCGGAGAGGGCACGGGCCACGCUGUGGCCGCUCCCACUCCACGCCUGGUCCCGAGGGCAGAGGCCCACAGGUCCAGUUGGCCGCUGGCGUCCGCGUACCCCGGUCCACCACCGGUCCUUUCACUUGGUCAUAGUUGUCCCUUGGACUUCCCGGCGCGGACUUUGUGCGCCCAGCAGCGGCGGCGGGAGCUAGAGGCUCACGGUGAGCCUGGGACUCAAGCCGAAAAACCUAAGGUGUAUCAAGGUGUCCGGGUGAAGAUCACAGUGAAGGAGCUGCUGCAGCAGAGAAGGGCACACCAGGCAGCCUCGGGGGGAACCCUGUCCGGAGGCAACAGUGUCCACCUUUCAGACCCAGUCCCACCAUCUUCUGCAGGACAGUAUUUUGAGCCUGAACCAAUUCCUUCCACACCCAAUUAUUUCCAACCCCGAGAAUUUUCCAGUUGUGUUUCUUGUGAAGAAAAUCCAGGCUUCCUCGACCAGAUAUUUGAUUCCUACCUUCAGACAGAGACACACCCGGACCCUUCGCCCAGUUCCAUGCAAAGUACUCCACACUAUUUCCCAGACAGCUUCCAGCCUGCCCCUUUCUCCUUUAACCAGAGCCUGACCCCAGGAUGGCCUUCGGAUUCCUCCACUCUCUCUGGUUGCUUAGACUACAGUUACUCUCCUGCUCAGCUACCUUCAUAUACUCCGGAGAAUUACAACUCUCCCCCUUCUCUGGACACCAGAAACUGUGGCUACCCCUCGGAAGACUACUCCUACCCUCACCUGCCCUCACACACCCAGUACAACUGCUUCUCCUCUGCCACCGCCUCUGUCUGCUGCUGUGCGUCCUGCGAGGCAGAACACUUGGACACCUUCAGAGCUUCAGAGUGUUUUUCUUACCCCAGCACAGACUAUGUGAACUUCACUCCCUCAGCAGCAGCAAGCAGUGAUUUCUGUAGGAGGGAAACAAACUGGGACAUCUGCUAUAGUUAAUAGAAAUCACAUUAGUUUGGAACAUGGCAUGCAUACAUCUAUUUUUUUACCACCUCUAGAUGACAACUUAAAAUAUGCAACCUGCUAACAAAAUAUCACAGGCGCAGUUUACAUGUCACCAUUUUCGAUUUUCUAACACUAAUUUAGGCAUUAAUAUGAAAUUCAGACCCAGUCAUAGUGCCACUCCUACUUUGUACGCUUACAGUUAAAAUUGUUGUAGGGAAUAUUCGUUUUACUUUCUG